AUGGAUUUCCAUUAUGACAUUGAUUUUAUUUUUCCAAAUGAUGAGCCUUCAUUUGACUCAUCUUCUGAUGAUGAUGAGACGGAACUUACUCUAGCUAUUGCCAUAGAAGAAUUAAAGAAUGAAGGAGCAUCAACAUCACGUCGUCGUUCGGUUCAACCUCGCAGGUUUAUUUGGCGUAAUCCUUUGCAAGGUCAUGAUAGGCUUUUCCAUGAUUAUUUUGCUGAAACACCAGUGUAUCCUCCUAAUGUAUUUCGAAGGAGGUUUCAAAUGAGUCGUUCUCUUUUUCUACGUAUCCAUUCAAGAGUUGAAGCUACUGAACCAUACUUUGUUCAAAAAAGAAAUGCGGCUAACACACUCGGGUUGUCUUCCCUUCAAAAGAUGACCGCUGCAAUCAGAAUGCUUGCUUAUGGAGUGUCGGCUAAUUUCAUGGAUGAAUACAUAAGGAUUGGAGAAACCACUGCAAUAAAAAGCUUAAAAAAAUUUGUUAAAGCAGUAGUUUCAAUCUUUUCUGAAGAGUACUUGAGGUCACCAAACAACAAUGACAUUGCAAGGUUGUUAGUAGUUGGCCAACAUCGUGGAUUUCCAAGAAUGCUAGGGAGCAUCGACUGCAUGCAUUGGAAAUGGAAGAAUUGUCCAAAUGGUAUAUAUCCAUCAUGGGCAACAUUUGUCAAAACAAUUCCAGCACCACAAGACCGUAAAAGACAACAUUUUGCUUCCACACAAGAGGCGGUCAGGAAGGAUGUUGAACGUGCAUUUGGAGUACUUCAAGCGCGAUUUGCAAUUGUGCGUGGGCCUGCACGUUUUUUCCACCUUGAAACGCUUAAGGACAUUAUGAUGGCAUGUAUAAUAUUGCAUAAUAUGAUCGUUGAAGAUGAGCAACAUACUUACCUUGGAGCAAAUGACUUUGAUUAUGAUCAAAUCAACGAUAAUGGACCCAAACCGGUGUCACAUAAUCCCACUUGUAACCUUAUGCAAUUCAUUGAACGUCAUAAUUCCAUUAGAGAUAAAGGAAUUCAUUCUCAACUUCAAGCAGAUCUCGUUGAGCAUCUAUGGCAACUACAAGGCCAGUCGUAG